GGGGGCGCGCGCGGGUGUGAGCGUGUGUCCGUGUGCGAGUGUGUGUGCGCCGGGCGGGCGGGCACUGCAGCUUCUUCCUCCGUGGAGCGGAGAGCGAGAGAGAGCUAGAGCGAGCGAGAGAGCGGCGAAGGCAGGCAGAGGGGCGCGGGUGAGGCGGCGCAGCCAUCCCCGGGCCCGGCGCCGCGCCGCCACCAUGCUAAACAACCUGACGGACUGCGAGGACGGCGAUGGGGGAGCCAACCCUGGUGAUGGCAACCCCAAGGAGAGCAGCCCCUUCAUCAACAGCACCGACACAGAGAAGGGGAAGGAGUAUGAUGGCAAGAACAUGGCCCUGUUUGAGGAGGAGAUGGACACCAGCCCCAUGGUGUCCUCCCUGCUUAGUGGCCUGGCCAACUACACCAACCUGCCCCAGGGAAGUAGGGAGCAUGAAGAGGCAGAAAACAAUGAGGGUGGAAAAAAGAAGCCGGUACAGGCCCCCCGCAUGGGUACCUUCAUGGGCGUGUACCUACCGUGCCUGCAGAACAUCUUUGGUGUCAUCCUCUUCUUGCGACUCACUUGGGUGGUGGGCAUUGCAGGCAUCAUGGAGUCCUUCUGCAUGGUCUUCAUCUGCUGCUCCUGUACGAUGCUCACAGCCAUUUCCAUGAGCGCAAUUGCAACCAAUGGUGUUGUGCCGGCUGGCGGCUCCUACUACAUGAUUUCCAGGUCUCUGGGUCCAGAGUUUGGGGGCGCUGUGGGCCUCUGCUUCUACCUGGGCACUACGUUUGCUGGGGCCAUGUACAUCCUGGGCACCAUCGAAAUCCUGCUGGCUUACCUCUUCCCAGCUAUGGCCAUUUUUAAGGCAGAAGAUGCCAGCGGGGAGGCAGCAGCCCUGCUGAACAAUAUGCGUGUGUAUGGCACCUGUGUGCUCACCUGCAUGGCCACCGUGGUAUUCGUGGGCGUCAAGUAUGUCAACAAGUUUGCCCUUGUCUUCCUGGGUUGUGUCAUCCUCUCCAUCCUGGCCAUCUAUGCCGGGGUCAUCAAAUCUGCCUUUGACCCACCCAACUUCCCGAUCUGCCUCCUGGGGAACCGCACACUGUCUCGCCAUGGCUUUGAUGUCUGUGCCAAGCUGGCUUGGGAAGGAAAUGAGACAGUGACCACACAGCUCUGGGGCCUUUUCUGCUCCUCCCGAUUCCUCAACGCCACCUGUGAUGAGUACUUCACCCGAAACAAUGUCACAGAGAUCCAGGGCAUUCCUGGUGCUGCCAGUGGCCUCAUCAAAGAGAACCUCUGGAGCUCCUACCUGACCAAGGGGGUGAUUGUGGAAAGGCGUGGGAUGCCCUCGGUGGGCCUGGCAGAUGGUACCCCUGUCGACAUGGACCAUCCCUAUGUCUUCAGCGAUAUGACCUCCUACUUCACCCUGCUGGUUGGCAUCUACUUCCCCUCAGUCACAGGGAUCAUGGCUGGUUCUAACCGCUCUGGGGACCUGCGGGAUGCCCAGAAGUCAAUUCCCACUGGCACCAUCCUGGCCAUCGCCACCACCUCCGCUGUCUACAUCAGCUCCGUUGUUCUGUUUGGGGCCUGCAUCGAGGGGGUCGUCCUUCGGGACAAGUUUGGCGAAGCUGUGAAUGGCAACCUGGUGGUGGGCACCCUGGCCUGGCCGUCCCCCUGGGUUAUUGUCAUCGGAUCCUUCUUCUCCACCUGCGGGGCUGGGCUGCAGAGCCUCACGGGGGCUCCACGCCUGCUGCAGGCCAUCUCCCGCGAUGGCAUAGUGCCCUUCCUGCAGGUUUUCGGCCACGGCAAAGCCAACGGAGAACCAACGUGGGCCUUGCUCCUCACCGCCUGCAUCUGCGAGAUUGGCAUCCUCAUUGCAUCCCUGGACGAGGUCGCCCCCAUCCUCUCUAUGUUCUUUCUGAUGUGCUACAUGUUUGUGAACCUGGCCUGUGCGGUACAGACACUGCUGAGGACGCCCAACUGGCGGCCACGCUUUCGCUAUUACCACUGGACACUCUCGUUCCUGGGCAUGAGCCUCUGCCUGGCCCUCAUGUUCAUCUGCUCCUGGUAUUAUGCCUUGGUGGCCAUGCUCAUUGCGGGGCUCAUCUACAAGUAUAUCGAGUACCGUGGGGCGGAGAAGGAGUGGGGCGAUGGGAUCCGAGGCCUGUCUCUCAGUGCUGCUCGCUACGCCCUGUUACGCCUAGAGGAAGGGCCCCCGCACACCAAGAACUGGAGGCCACAGCUGCUGGUGCUGGUGCGUGUGGACCAAGACCAGAACGUGGUGCAUCCACAGCUGCUCUCGCUGACCUCCCAGCUCAAGGCAGGGAAGGGCCUGACCAUUGUGGGCUCUGUCCUUGAGGGCACCUUUCUGGACAACCAUCCCCAGGCCCAGCGGGCGGAGGAGUCCAUCCGGCGCCUGAUGGAGGCAGAGAAGGUGAAGGGCUUCUGCCAGGUAGUGAUCUCCUCCAACCUGCGAGAUGGCGUGUCCCAUCUGAUUCAGUCCGGGGGCCUCGGGGGGCUGCAGCACAACACCGUGCUCGUUGGCUGGCCCCGAAACUGGCGGCAGAAGGAAGAUCAUCAGACGUGGAGGAACUUCAUUGAGCUGGUCCGGGAAACCACGGCCGGUCACCUGGCCCUGCUGGUCACCAAGAACGUUUCCAUGUUUCCUGGUAACCCGGAGCGCUUCUCGGAGGGCAGCAUCGACGUCUGGUGGAUUGUGCACGACGGGGGCAUGCUCAUGCUGCUGCCCUUCCUGCUGCGGCACCACAAGGUUUGGCGGAAGUGCAAGAUGCGAAUCUUCACUGUGGCCCAGAUGGACGACAAUAGCAUCCAGAUGAAGAAGGAUUUGACCACAUUUCUGUACCAUUUACGUAUCACCGCGGAGGUCGAGGUGGUGGAGAUGCAUGAGAGCGACAUCUCGGCUUAUACCUACGAGAAGACGUUGGUGAUGGAGCAGCGUUCCCAGAUCCUCAAGCAGAUGCAUUUAACCAAGAAUGAGCGGGAGCGGGAGAUCCAGAGUAUCACAGAUGAGUCUCGGGGCUCAAUCCGGAGAAAGAAUCCAGCCAACACUCGGCUCCGCCUCAACGUCCCAGAAGAGACAGCUGGUGACAGCGAGGAGAAGCCGGAAGAGGAGGUGCAGCUGAUCCAUGACCAGAGUGCUCCCAGCUGCCCCAGCAGCUCACCGUCCCCGGGGGAGGAGCCCGAACGGGAGGGCGAGGCAGAUCCAGAGAAAGUGCAUCUCACCUGGACCAAGGACAAAUCUGUGGCAGAGAAGAACAAGGGCCCCAGUCCUGUCUCCUCAGAGGGCAUCAAGGACUUCUUCAGCAUGAAGCCGGAGUGGGAGAACUUGAACCAGUCCAACGUGCGGCGCAUGCACACCGCUGUGCGGCUGAACGAGGUCAUCGUCAAGAAAUCCCGGGACGCCAAGCUUGUUUUGCUCAACAUGCCUGGGCCUCCCCGCAACCGCAACGGUGACGAAAAUUACAUGGAGUUCCUCGAGGUCCUCACCGAGCACCUGGACCGGGUGAUGCUGGUCCGCGGCGGCGGCCGCGAGGUCAUCACCAUCUACUCCUGAGAGCCAGGACCUGCCACCCGGGCCCGAGCGCGUCCGGCCCGCGCGGCCCCGGAGCCCUCGCCGCGCCCCCCGCCGCUGUCACCGUUUACAUACAGACCCUGUGCCCGCGCCCUGGCCCCCUUCCCCGCUGCCUGAAGCCCGGAGGCCACGUCGGUCGGGGCUGACUCUGAGAGGACCGCCCCGCGCGGAGACCAGAGCCCCGAGCGCCCCGUUGGCGCGUCGCCCUGUCGGCCCCGGCUGCCCUUUUUCUAAGCCCGGCCUCGCCCCGCCGGAGGAGACGCUGCAAUAAAGGUCGGAGGAGGCGCAGAGAGGAGCGGAGCUGGGGCUUUGAGGACGCCCGGUAGUCCGCGCGGCCCUCUCCCUCUCUUCCCGCGCCCCGCCCCGUCCUCGCUCUGCACCCGUCCCCCGGCGGCCCGGAGGGCGCGGGGUGGGGAGGCUGCGCUCCGCCGUCUACGUCACUUGUCCUCGCGCGGCCGCAGGCGCCGGCCGGCCGAGCCUAUACAUAGUGUACAGGAGACAUCGCGUGUAUUUUUAACGUCCCCAUAUUUCUGUGACUAGAAGCGCAACGGACUUCUCGCCACUGUCGAGCUCUCCCGCUGGGGGCGCCCAGGGAAGGCGGAGGCCUCGGGAGGCUGGGUUUUCCUUGACGUCCGAGAGUUUGAGAGCAAAAGUGCUUUAGGCCCAGGCGGGAGUCGUGGUCCCUCGACACCCCCUCGACGUCUCCUCACCCUUUCCGCGCGCCCUUGGCUUCCGACCCUUCCCUCUAGUUCUUCUCGGAGACGAAGUGAGACAAGUGUCCAGCUUUUCCUGGAUUCGCCUCCCAGCGGAGUGAGCUUCCACUGUGGCUGCAGAGGCGGGCGCAGCCUCUUCUCAUCGGCUCUUAUGCAAGCUGGGGCCACGA